GGCGGCUUGGCUCCAGCUCCGUCGUGUAGCCGGUGUCGACCGCUUCGCCCGCGGGCCGGCUCCGGCUCCGCACCCCGGCACCAGCGCCUCUCGCCCGGGGCGAGCGGCCCAGGCCGCAGGCAGGCUCACCCGCGCGCGGCGGCAGGGGACCAUGGCCGAGGCGGCGCCCGCUCCGGCCCUUGAGCAGGACGUACAGUCUGGAUCCUUGAGAGCUUUGCUGGCCUCCCCAGCUCUGCAGGUGUCUCCUGAGAAGGACUCCUGCCUGCACUCCCCAGAGAUCACCCUGUGGACAGUGGUGGCUGCCAUUCAGGCUGUGGAAAAGAAGGUGGAUUUGUGCCUGGCCCGAUUAUUCACCUUAGAGGGUCGGACAGUGACAGCAGAGAAGAAGCUGGCAGACUGUGAGAGGGUAGCCGUGGAGAUGGAGAACCAGCUGGAGGGCAGGUGGGCCGUGCUGGGCACCCUGCUCCAGGAGUACGGGCUGCUGCAAAGGAGGCUGGAGAACAUGGAGAACCUGCUGAGGAACAGGAACUUCUGGAUCCUGCGGCUCCCCCCGGGCAGCAAAGGCGAGGUCCCCAAGGUACCCCUGACGUUUGAUGAUGUGGCCGUGUAUUUUUCGGAGCAGGAGUGGGGGAAGAUGGAGGAGUGGCAGAAGGAGCUUUACAAGCAUGUGAUGAGGGGCAACUAUGAGAUGCUGGUCUCCCUGGACUAUGCUGUUUCCAAGCCUGAUAUUCUCUCUCAGAUUGAGCGAGGAGAAAAACCAUGUCUUAAGGACCAGUGGGGCUUGGAUGAGGAAGUGCCAUGUCCUGGAAAACUAAGUCCUAACCUACCUUCUCCAGAGUAUAUUUCCAAGCAACUUCAACCUGACCAAGGGGAAACAGAGGAAGAACCAGUUCUUACAGAUCAUCAAGGCUCAGAAGCACGAGAAAGUCUGACCAAGUCAAGCCUAACUGAGCUCCCCCCAGCUGGCAUCAAUGUUUUGUCCUCGAUUAAACAGGAGGAAGAACCACAAGAUGGGGAAGAAGUAUCAGCCUCCCCACAGAGGGAAAUCCUGCCCUACCUGGGACUUGAUGAUGGACACGUGAACAUCAAAAUAGAGGAUCAAGUGGACGAGGCCCUCCCUCAGCAGUUGGACUUGGAGCAGGGCUCCCACCCACCGGAGCACACCGCUCCUGACGGAGGGAGAGAAGACUUGGCUGAGCCAAGUGAGCAUGCCCGCCCUGGUCUGCCAAGGAGUCGGGUGAGGGAGAAGCCCUCACGCCCUGCAGCGAGCGAGCCACCUCGUGUCCUCCCUCGCCGGAGAGAGCGGGCCUUCCCAUGUCCGGACUGUGGUCAGAGCUUCAGGCUGAAGAUCAACUUGACCAUUCACCAGCGUAGCCAUGUAGAGGAUGAGGACUGGACGUCCCAGAGCAGCUGGCCGGACGCCUGGGAAGAGACUCCUGCCUCCUUGGAGCCAGGUGAGGUGGUGGUGCCUGGCCCCAUCAUCCAGUGGCUGCCCGAUGAGCCAGAGAACCAGCCGGUGCUGGCUGGGAGGCCGUGCCAGGAGCAGCGCCCUUCGUCCAGCCGGACGUCUAGGCUGUACCACUGCAGCGAGUGCCUGCGCCUGUUUGAGCAGCGGAAGAGCCUCUUGCUGCACCAGCGUCUGCACACAGGCAACAGUCAGGGCUGUCCCACUUGCGCCUAUUGUGGUAAGGGUUUCCGGCGACCCUCAGAUCUCUUCCGGCAUCAGCGCAUUCAUACUGGGGAACGGCCCUACCAGUGCUCUGAGUGCGGUAGGACGUUCAAUCGCAACCACCACCUGGCUGUCCACAUGCAGACCCACUCCAGGAAGCAUCAGGAUGGCCCCCACUGUGCCAAAAAGGGGAGCCUGGCCCGGCCCAGUCGUGCUGAGGAAGGCUGAGCCCACAGGGCUCCUGGGCUGGGGGAAGCUCCUCUCCUUCCAGCAGGACCCUCCUGCCCCUUGAGUGGCAAGAGCCCAGAUCUUCAUGCUGCUGCUCAGCACGAGGAGAGCAAAGCCCUUCAUCUCCACCCGCCUGCCACUCUUCCCUAUUUGACAGAGCUCUCGCCCUAGAACAAUUUAGGAAACUUUUUCUUUUCUUUGUGCUAGAACAUUGGGUAGCUGACACAUAAUUGGAAUCAUGAGUGUGUUCAGACACCUACAUUUUCUGUUCUCCAUGUCUGGGUCGAUGGGCCCAGAGGAUCAAAGGAAAUGGGCCCUUGGGGGUCCUUAUCACUGGGCACAACUGGUAGGCUGGGAGUGUGGGGGGACCUGGGUGUGUUGAUUGGACCCUCUCACAAGCCCCACUGUGGCCUACCAUGGCCCUUCCCUGGCCUUUUCCUACUGGUCCCAAAUGUGGGCCAGCCCAGGUGCCAUUUUGUAUACUCAGGCCUCCAGAGUGAUAGGCAUUUGGGUGUAUAGUUUCCCUGAGGAGCAUCGCUGUCAUGAUGUUGCCUUUUUUGUUGUUCUGCUAUGUGUGUCUUGGAUUUCUUUUUCCAAUGGAGGAUUUUUUUUUAUCACUUGCAUAAGUGGUCUGAGUUAUCUCAAAAUGGUACAAGAGAGACUUGGUAGAAGCUGACACACAGUGAGUGUGUGUGUGUGUGUGUGUGUGUGUGUGUGUGUGUGUGGGGAGAGAGAGAGGGGAAAGGUUGACAGUGCCUCUGGCCCUGUGUCUGUGUGUAUAGAGAGGAGAGGUUGAUAUACAGUGACCUCUGGCUCUGUGAGUGUGUAUAUAUCUAUAUGUGUCUAUAUAUGUGCGUGUAUGUGUAUGUAUGUAUGUAAACACAUAUACUCUGAAUACACCCAAAUGCCUCUAUAUUUGUAUAUAUAUCCGCACAUGUGCACACCCACACAUAAAAAGCUUCAGUCUUUUAAGAGGGCUAAGUUGUGAACUAGCUAGGGUUCUAGAGCCUGUGAUUAUAAUCCUCAGACCACCAGAGUAGGUGUGGCAUUUGGCCAGCAUUUCCCCUUAUUUUCUUUGUUUUUUUUGUUUUGUUUUGUUUUAUUUUUUGCAGGGCGACUGGGGUUAAGUGAAUUGCCCAGGGGCACACAGCUAGCAAGCGUCAAGUGUCUGAGGCUGAAUUUGAACUCAGGUCCUCCUGAAUCCAGGGCUGGUACUUUAUCCACUGGGCCACCUAGCUGCCCCUCCCAUUAUUUUCUUUAUCCAAAGUUCUCUUACAUCCUUACUAGUAAUGAUAAUUAUCUUACAUCUCUGUAGCUCUUUAUGGUUUAUAAAGUUCUAUCCUCAUAGCUGAGGUAAAUGAGGCAAGGAUACUCCUCUUUUUUUUUUCUUUCUUUUUUUUUUUUUUUAGUAAGGCAAUGGGGGUUAAGUGACUUGCCCAGGUUCACACAGCUAGUAAGUGUUAAGUGUCUGAGGCCGGAUUUGAACUCAGGUACUCCUGAAUCCAAGGCCAGUGCUCUAUCCACUGUGCCAUCUAGCUGCCCCAAUACUCCUCUUUUUAUACAUAAGGUAAAAUGAAGUUUAGGAUAGCCUGGCUUAAUUGGACUUUCAAACUUGUUUUUUCCACUAUACAAUGGUAUCUGUUAUUUUAUCCAAAUUUUACUUGUGCUCAUGUGGAAAGACCAGAAAGAAUCCAGUUCUCCUGGACUAUACCUGCUCGUGUGUAAUGUGAUUCUGGCCAAACAUUUAUCUCUGCGAAUAACAGAAAAUUAGCUGGAGAGGUCAGAAAUACCAUUGACCCUCCCCAGCAGAGAGGAAAGCAACUGACCUUGCUACCAGUGACCUUCAACCAACUCAGUUUAGGCUUUGUUUGCAAAUUUUACUCAUCUCUCAAACAAGGACAACAGAGGAUGCCUAUUCUGGCACAUAUCUACUCUCCUGAUUAGCUAUUCCAUCUCGAUCAUCACAGGUCACAUAGAAUGAGCCCAAACUGGGAAGAAGAAUGUUAGAGUCUCCCCUUUGUCAUUUGCGAAAGUCACAGGAUUUCUCUGGGUCCAAGUUUUUUGGGGAUGAUGAUUCUUUUCAUGCUUUUGUUUGGAAAGAUGAUUAUUAGGCUACCACAAGAUAAUGAAUAUAGAAGUACUUGGGGGAAAAAAUAAGACUCACUUUCUGGGGAUACCCCUCCCCCACCUCAAAGCACCCUUUUAUUUAUUUAUUUCCCCAUUCUCACCCACCCUCGAUCAAAAUUUGAUCUUAGGAAUAGCAAUGAAAGAAUAAUUAUAAUUUCCUUUCUUCAUAAGGGGAGUAAAAAACUGAUAAAACUUGCUUAUUUGUAUUUUGCAACUGGGGACAAAACCUUUUUUAAAAACUAAAUCUUAGAAGAAUUUUAGGCAGCAAUCAGCAGCCCCUUAAAGAAAUAUUUGCUAACUUUGAUUUCAAAUGAGGAUGACUGGGGCAGCUAGGUGGUGAAGUGGU